AUGAUCCCAUCCACGGCCCUGGCGCUGGCCUGUCUGGCUGGUUCUUCUCUCGCCGUCGCCUACUCGCCCUCCUCGUCCGACUACGGCGUCGCGCUCGCCAGACGCCAUGCCGAUGAGCUCGACCUCAACUCCCAUCUAUUCCGACGCGAGCUAGGAUGCGGCGGCAAGAUCUGUGACGCGGACCAAGUCUGCGUGCCCGCCAAGGUCAAAACGACGAAAGCUGGUAGCACAAAAGUGCUUCCAGCCAAGUGCGCGACUCAGCAUGGACAUUCAAUCAAGCCCGCCAAAUCGGUGCACCACAAGAAGGUCAAGAACAUCAAAUACGUGUCUUUCUAA